AGUAUUUGAAAUAAGCUACUCCUAUCUUUUAAAGCCAAGAUGGUUGAAUAGAAAUCCCAGAUCUAUGCCUGCCUGCUCACUAUCUGUGGCCUCCUUCUCUAGCAGUUCAAAUAUCGUUUGAAGUUAUUUACUCUGCCAUGGACAGGAUUUUAAGGUCUAAGAGAGAUUAUGCGCCAGCUCACUAUAAAUUGAAGAUAUUGUCAUACAGCUUACUAUCCAAAGCACAUCAAGAGAAGUAUGAAUCUAGUUCCUUUGAAGCGGGGGAGUACAGAUGGAGAUUGUCCCUUUUUCCAAAUGGAAACAUGACCGACCAUGGAAAUGGUUAUAUCUCCCUCUACUUGGCAAUUGAUGGCCCUGAACAACUUCCUCGUGGUCAGGGGGUUGAUGUCAACUUUAAACUGUUUGUGUUGGAUCAGAAACACAACAAAUACUUAACUAUCCAAGAUUCUGAGGUAAGGCGCUUUGAUGAGAACAAGACAGAAUGGGGUUUUGGGCAGUUACUUUCCCUUGAAGAUUUCAAGGCUAGUUGUAAUGGAUACCUUGUCGAAGACACUUGUGUUUUUGGUGCAGAGGUUUUUGUUAAUAGCCCCAGUGGCAAGUGGGAAUGUCUUUCCAUGCUUAAGAAACCUGCUAAUGGCAUUUACACUUACAAGAUGGAAAACUUCGCAACUCUGAAUAAAAGUUACUAUCAUUCUAGGGCUUUCAAGGUCGGGGAGAGGAAUUGGAAGUUAAAGGUUUAUCCAAAAGGAAAUGACAGUCACAUGGGCAAGGCAUUUUCCGUAUUUCUCGAGCUAGUAGGUGAGGAAAGCUGGCCACCUAAGAAAACAGUUUAUGCAGAAUUCAAGCUGAGAGUAGUGGACCAACUCAUGCAGGGCAAGGACGUCGAGAAAAGAGCUCACCACACCUUUUCUACCGCAAGCCAUUAUUGGGGCUACGGGGCGUUCAUGUCCUUGGAGGAUCUCUAUAAAGCCUCCAAGGGCUUCAUAAAAAAUGGUACUUUAAUUGUGGAAGUUCAAAUCCUGGUCAUGUCCCAGACUGAGGUGUACUCUGAAUGUCCCUGAUCAAUGUUUUCUCGUAAACACAGUACUUGGCAUUAAGUUUGAAACUCAUGUAUGCAUGGCUAGAAUCCAUGCCAGUUGGAGAUACUGUAAUAUUUCCGAGAUGGGAGAACUAUUUGGAUGUGUUGCUUUUAUAAAAUUGAAUCAUGCUAAUGAUCUAAUAAUUAUGUGCUAGCUAGCAUGCAUGUGUAGAAAUUUAUAAAUUUGAUUUUUGAUUUUUGAAUA